CAAGCAGAGCCCCAUGGGCUAAAAGGUCAAAGGGCAUCCAGAGGAUGUCUGAGCACUUUAACUAUAAUCUUUACCAGUGUGUGGGUUUAUUUUGCUCUCCAUUACAGUUUGAUUAAAUCAGUCACCUGAGAACACCAUUCCCUUAAACUGGUGCCGGGCUGCACCGCUGGUACGGGGUCCUGUGGGCCAAUUGGUAUGGGGGUCCUGUCGGCCGGUAGAGUGGUGUCUGGAGCCUUAAUACCUGCCUCUGCUUUGUAAUCAGAUUAUUCAGAGGGUAAUGCUGAGACUCUGGGGUCGAAAGGUCACGGUGUAACACAGAAGUCACUAAACCAGUAAAGUUUAAAGGGUCAUGGUGAGAAGGGCGCACUUCAGGCAGAGAGAGAAGGAGCAUAUUUUAUUGAUUUACCAGCGUUCUUGAUUGAAUAAAAAAAAAAGGUGAAAGGUGCCAAAGUGAAGGAAAGGUUUUGACUCUAAGCUACACGGGUGGCUGUGUAUAUAGACAUGUGGGAUGGACCUGGGCUCGACGUCACAUGCGUUUCUCAAAACACCACGUAGAUUUAACCGUCAUUGGAGAAUGUGUCGAUACGUUAUUGACAGGAUGGACAGGAAAGGCAGCGCUGCUCUGAUUAGCUUUUUCCGUUCAAAUCCGACCUUAACAUCAAUACAGACGACGAAUCAGCAUCCUAGAGAGAGAUUGUCACCGAUGUCUGCAAAUAUUGAGGCUUAUUCUUUGGCACGUUAUUGUGCACAUCUUGUUACACAUCAUGAAAUAUUAAGGUAAAAAUCACAGACGGUAGCCAACAAUUAGCAAAAGAGUACUCAAUCGAGCAUGAACAUUACAUUUUAUUUUAAUAUGAUUGAAAUAAUCUCAGCAAAAAAAAAGGAAACGUUCUCUCACUGUCAACUGCAUUUAUUUUCAGCAAACUUAACAUAUGUAAAUAUGUGUAUGAACAUAACAAGAUUCAAAAACUGAGACAUAAACUGAACAAGUUCCACAGACAUGUGACUAACAGAAAUGGAAUAAUGUGUCCAUGAACAAAGGGGGGGGGGGGUCAAAAUCAAAAGUAACAGUCAGUAUCUGGUGUGGCCACCAGCUGCAUUAAGUACUGCGGUGCAUCUCCUCCUCAUGGACUGCACCAGAUUUGCCAGUAUUUGCUGUGAGAUGUUAAGGUUUAAACACUGUUUCUCAUGCUUGUUCAAUGAACCAUAAACAACUAAUGAACAUGCAUCUGUGGAACGGUCGUUAUUAAGACACUAACAGCUUACAGACGGUAGGCAAUUAAGAUUAACAUUUAUGAAAAGUUAGGAUACUAAAGAGGCCUUUCUACUGACUCUGAAAAACACAAAAAGAAAGAUGCCCCGGGUCCCUGCUCAUCUGAGUGAAUGUGCCUUAGGCAUGCUGCAAGGAGGCAUGAGAGCUUAUGCCUAACCCUAACCACACUGCUAACCCUAACCACACUGCUAACCUUAUGCCUAACCCUAACCACACUGCUAACCCUAACCACACUGCUAACCCUAACCACACUGCUAACCCUAACCACACUGCUAACCCCAACCACACUGCUAACCCUAACCACACUGCUAACCUUAUACCUAACCCUAACCACACUGCUAACCUUAUGCCUAACCCUAACCACACUGUUAACCUUAUACCUAACCCUAACCACACUGCUAACCUUAUACCUAACCCUAACCACACUGCUAACCUUAUACCUAACCCUAACCACACUGCUAACCCUAACCACACUGCUAACCUUAUACCUAACCCUAACCACACUGCUAACCCCAACCACACUGCUAACCCUAACCACACUGCUAACCUUAUACCUAACCCUAACCACACUGCUAACCUUAUACCUAACCCUAACCACACUGCUAACCUUAUGCCUAACCCUAACCACACUGCUAACCUUAUACCUAACCCUAACCACACUGCUAACCCUAACCCCACUGCUAACCUUAUGCCUAUCCCUAACCACACUGCUAACCUUAUACCUAUCCCUAACCACACUGCUAACCCUAACCACACUGCUAACCUUAUACCUAACCCUAACCACACUGCUAACCCUAACCACACUGCUAACCUUAUACCUAACCCUAACCACACUGCUAACCUUAUACCUAACCCUAACCACACUGCUAACCUUACACAUAAUCCUAACCACACUGCUAACCCUAACCACACUGCUAACCUUAUACCUAACCAUAACCACACUGCUAACCUUAUACCUAACCAUAACCACACUGCUAACCUUAUACCUAACCCUAACCACACUGCUAACCUUACACCUAAUCCUAACCACACUGCUAACCAUAACCACACUGCUAACCUUAUACCUAACCCUAACCACACUGCUAACCUUAUACCUAACCCUAACCACACUGCUAACCCUAACCACACUGCUAACCCUAACCACACUGCUAACCCUAACCACACUGCUAACCCUAACCACACUGCUAACCUUACACCUAAUCCUAACCACACUGCUAACCCUAACCACACUGCUAACUUUAUACCUAACCCUAACCACACUGCUAACCAUAACCACACUGCUAACCUUAUACCUAACCCUAACCACACUGCUAACCUUAUACCUAACCCUAACCACACUGCUAACCUUAUACCUAACCAUAACCACACUGCUAACCAUAACCACACUGCUAACCUUAUACCUAACCCUAACCACACUGCUAACCUUAUACCUAACCCUAACCACACUGCUAACCUUAUACCUAACCCUAACCACACUGCUAACCUUAUACCUAACCCUAACCACACUGCUAAUCCUAACCCAACUGCUAACCCUAACCACACUGCUAACCCUAACCACACUGCUAACCUUAUGCCUAACCAUAACCACACUGCUAACCUUAUACCUAACCCUACCACACUGCUAACCCUAACCACACUGCUAACCCUAACCACACUGCUAACCUUAUACCUAACCCUAACCACACUGCUAACCUUAUACCUAACCCUAACCACACUGCUAACCUUAUACCUAACCCUAACCACACUGCCAACCUUAUACCUAACCCUAACCACACUGCUAACCUUAUACCUAACCCUAACCACACUGCUAACCCUAACCACACUGCUAACCCUAACCACACUGCUAACCCUAACCACACUGCUAACCUUAUACCUCACCCUAACCACACUGCUAACCAUAACCACACUGCUAACCUUACACCUAAUCCUAACCACACUGCUAACCCUAACCACACUGCUAACCUUACACCUGAUUCCUAACCACACUGCUAACCCUAACCACACUGCUAACCUUAUACCUAACCCUAACCACACUGCUAACCCUAACCACACUGCUAACCUUAUACCUAACCCUAACCACACUGCUAACCUUAUACCUAACCCUAACCACACUGCUAACCUUAUGCCUAACCCUAACCACACUGCUAACCCUAACCACACUGCUAACCUUAUGCCUAACCCUAACCACACUGCUAACCUUAUGCCUAACCCUAACCACACUGCUAACCUUAUACCUAACCCUAACCACACUGCUAACCUUAUGCCUAACCCUAACCACACUGCUAACCUUAUGCCUAACCCUAACCACACUGCUAACCUUAUGCCUAACCCUAACCACACUGCUAACCUUAUGCCUAACCCUAACCACACUGCUAACCUUAUGCCUAACCCUAACCACACUGCUAACCUUAUGCCUAACCCUAACCACACUGCUAACCUUAUACCUAACCCUAACCACACUGCUAACCCUAACCACACUGCUAACCUUAUACCUAACCCUAACCACACUGCUAACCUUAUACCUAACCCUAACCACACUGCUAACCUUAUGCCUAACCCUAACCACACUGCUAACCUUAUACCUAACCCUAACCACACUGCUAACCUUAUACCUAACCCUAACCACACUGCUAACCUUAUACCUAACCCUAACCACAUUGCUAACCCUAACCACACACCUAACCAAAAAGCUAAUUUAGUGGGAACCAAGCCCCUGAUUCCACUUCCGGUCUCUUCAGAUAUGCAGGUGCAGGACUUCCUGUUGCAGUCGCAGUGGGAUGUGGGUAACUCCAGUCACGGGGUGCGGCUCCGGCAGGCCUGCGUCCUAUUCGUCCAGAGCGGCGUCCAGCUACUUCCUGUUUUUACCCAGCAUGCAGCAGCCUUGGGCAACAGCAGUCUGGUGCGAGCCAACUUCAGCCAGCCCAACCCCAGCCGAAGCCAGCUGCAACAGUGGGGACGCAACCACGGCACCGGUGAGCCCCUCCAGUCCGGUGGCAGCGGGGAGCUGUUUGGGUCUGGCGAGGCCCAGGAAGAAGCCUUGCGGUGGAGCCAACGGCUGCAGAUGGCCCUGGUCAACACUGUGAACUUCCGGGGAGUGUGGCAGAAACAGUUCCUCUUCACUGACACCCAGAACCUUCCCUUCACCCUGUUGGACGGCAGCACCAUCAAGGUGCCCAUGAUGCACCAGGCCACAGAGGUCAACUUUGGUCAGUUCCGCACCUCGUCAGACCAGCGCUACACAGUUCUGGAGCUGCCGUACCUGGGCCGCUCCCUCAGUCUGUUGGUGGCUCUGCCCAGUGACAGGAAGACACCACUGUCCUCGCUGGAAUCCCAGCUAACCCCCAGCGCUGUGGCCACCUGGGACACUGGCCUCCGUAGAACCAAGAUGGAUGUCUUCCUCCCCAGGUUUAAAAUGCAGAACAGGUUCAACCUGAGGUUGGUUCUGCCGUCAAUGGGGGUCAGUGACGCCUUCAACCCAAUGGCAGCAGACUUCACUGGACUCUCAGCGGAGGAAGACCUAUAUGUGUCAGAUGCCUUUCAUGAGGCCAGGAUAGAGGUAACAGAGGACGGGACCAAGGCAGCUGCAGUAACAGCUAUGGUGCUACUCAAACGAUCCCGAGCUCCCGUCUUCAAAGCAGACAGACCUUUCUUCUUUCUCCUGCGACAAGUCAGCACAGGAUCUGUUCUAUUCAUGGGGCGUGUGGUGAAUCCAGCUGAUCAGGCACCCAAGGACCCCCUUACCCCCACCCUAGGACCCCCUUACCUCAACCCUAGGACCCCCUUACCUCCACCCUAGGACCCCCUUACCUCCACCCUAGGACCCCCUUACCUCCACCCUAGGACCCCCUUACCUCCACCCUAGGACCCCCUUACCUCCACCCAAGGACCCCCUUACCUCCACCCUAGUAUCCCCUUACCUCCACCCAAGGACCCCCUUACCUCCACCCAAGGACCCCCUUACCUCCACCCUAGUAUCCCCUUACCUCCACCCAAGGACCCCCUUACCUCCACCCAAGGACCCCCUUACCUCCACCCUAGGACCCCCUUACCUCCAUCCUAGUACCCCCUUACCUCAACCCUAGGACUUCAGCCCUAGGACCUCCCUCUUAGGACCCCCUUACCUCCAACCUAGGACCUCCACCCCCAGGACCCCCUUACCUCCACCCUAGGACCCCCUUACCUCCCCCUUACCUCCACCCUAGGACCCCCACCACCCCAGCUCAUAUUCAACCCCAACACACUACCCAUAUUUAUUGGGGACCAAUAAGAGGUUUCCAGACAUCAGGAAGAGGGACAAUAUUUGUUGUACAUAUCUGUAAAUAAAAUGUAAAUACAUCUGUGUUUUUCACCCAAAGUGUUUUGGUCAUUUACUUCUGUAGCGUAGGACUACUGGCUAUUUCCUGGUUGAUCCGUUGUCACGGAGAGGAUUCAGAAACUCUCACAUCCACCAAAUUA